AGCCGGACACCUAUGGUGGAGGACACUUCCUCUUCCUGGCCGGACUGAUGUCGGAAGAAGAAAGAAGAGCUAUGGUGUCUCAUUCCUGUCUUUAAUGUUUACCAGAGAGAUACAACAAUCAUCAUUUAUACAGACUGUCAGACACAAUCACCAAAGACCUGCUCAGUUGGGACACAACUUUCCAUGAAGACUCUCCAAUCACAUGUCCAGAAGUAAAGACAUCAGCGAGCGUGGACCUCAAGUAUGGAGCAGGAUGAGCCCCUGCCCCUCCAUAUUAAAGAAGAAGAGGAGGAGCCCCCGCAAAUUAAAUGGGAAGAGGAGGGGCCCAAGCAGCCCCAUAUUAAAGAGGAAGAUGGGGAGCCACACUCCACCAACAUUAAAGUGGAAGAUGAGGAGCCACACUCCACCAACAUUAAAGUGGAAGAUGAGGAGCCACAGCCCCUUGCAUUAAAGACAAUGAAGCGUCAUAGCUUUGUUCACGUUAAAGUGGAAGAGGAGGAACACAACAUCAGUCAGGAGGGACUGGAGGAGGUUGAUGUCACCGAGAUGCCAGCGAUUGUGAAGGGUGAAGAUGAUGAGGUCAAAGGUGAAAGUGAGGAAAAGAGAGGGGCGGAGCCUCCGAGCAGCGGCUCAACUCCACACAUGACAACAGAAGCUGAUGGAGACCACUGUGGAGGAUCAGAAGCAGAGAAGAUCUUAGCUCCACUCUCUGAUAAUGACGACACAACGCCACUCUCUUCUGAUUCUGAAGACUCCAAAGCCGAUAGGACACUUCACGCCGACAACACCCGCCUGAAAUGUUCCCACUGCGAGAAAACCUACAAUUACUGUAGUCAUCUAAAAAGACACAUGAGGAGACACACUGGAGAAAAACCUUUUUCCUGUUCCACCUGUGGAAAAAAUUUCACUCAGAAACACAAUUUGAAAACACACACGCGGACACACACGGCAGAAAAACCUUUUCCGUGCUCAAAAUGCGGCAAGGUUUUUGCGCACAAUUGCAUGCUGAAGGAACACAUGAGAACACACACCGGAGAAAAACCCUUUUCCUGUUCAAUCUGCGGUCAAGAUUUUACUCGCAGGCAAUAUUUGAUCGUACACAUGAGAAGACACAGUGGAGAAAAACCCUUUCCCUGCUCGGUUUGCGGUAAAUGUUUUACACAAAAUAACGAUUUGAAAAUACACGUGAGAAUGCACACGGGAGAAAAACCUAUUACUUGUUCCGUAUGCGGUAAAGGUUUUACACGGACUAACUAUCUAAAGGUACACAUGUUACUACACACUGGAGAAAAACCUUGUUCUUGUUCAAUAUGCGGUAAAGGUUUUCCGCGUACUUGCGAUUUAAAAACACACAUGCGAAUGCACACCGGAGAAAAACCUUUUUCCUGUUCGAUCUGCAGUCAAGGCUUUUCCCGAUGGAGCGAUAUGAAAAUACACAUGAGAAUACACACAGGCGAAAAGACCUUUUCUUGUUCAGUCUGUGGUAAAGGGUUUACACGGAUCCGCGAUUUUAAAAUACACAUGAUAACGCACUCUAGUGAAAAACCGUAUCACUGUAUAAACUGCAAGAAAAGCUUUUGUCAAGAAAGAACACUUGUACUACACAUGAGAAUACACACAGGACAGAAAGUGUUGAGUUGUAGUGUGUGUGGGGAAAGGUUCUCUUAUAAGUACCAGUGUAAGAAACACAAGUGUGAUGCUGAGAAAAGCAGCAGCAAAUGAAGCUGAAGGAUUUGAAAAAAUCAGUAAAAUCUGUAGCUUUGAUUUAACAACAUCAGCAUAUAUGAACUGUGUGACAUCAUCGUUGUGUGUAACACAAUCUUGUUAAUAUGAUUCGUACAUUUUUAGAUUGGUGCUUUUUUUAGUCAAGUACUUGUAUUAAUAUACACUGGAUACUUUUAUUUAAAAAUGAACAGAAAAAAUUGAUCCAGUAAGCAUUUUAUAUCUAUAUAGAUAUUCUAUAUAUUUCUAUAUAAUCUCAUUUCCUACUGAAAUGAAAUUUUCUUAUUUAAACAUAGCAGGUCCAUUCUAUGUGUCAUACUUGAUCAUUUCGCGUUAUUGCCAUAUUUUUGCUGAAAGGAUUUAGUAGAGAAAAUCGACAAUAAAGUUCGCAACUUUUGGUCGCUAAUAAAAAAGCCUUGCCUGUACCGGAAGUAGUGACGUCACGGGUUGUGGAGCUCCUCACAUCUGAACAUUGUUUAUAAUCAUGGCCACCAGCAGCUAGAGCGAUUCGAACCGAGAAAGCAACGAUUUCCAAAUUUUUUUCAAUACAUCGCUUCCCACCUACAUCUUUCUUCUUUGACGUCUCCAUUAUUAAUUGAACAAAUUGCAAAAGAUUCAGCAACACAGAUGUCCAGAAUACUGUGUAGUUAUGCGAUUAAAGCAGACUACUUAUAGCUGGGAUCGGGGCUGGAACAACAUGUCCGCUACAACCCGUGACGUCAUCAUACGCGUCAUCAUACCGCGACGUUUUCAACAGGAUACUUCGCGCAAAAUUUGAAAUUGCAAUUUAGUAAACUAAAAAGGCCGUAUUGGCAUGUGUUGCAAUGUUAAUAUUUCAUCAUUGAUAUAUAAACUAUCAGACUGCGUGGUCGCUAGUAGUGGAUUUUAGUAGGCUUUGAAAAAUUAACAGAAAAAUUUGAUUCAAUAAGCAUUUUAUGUCCGUACAGAAUUGGAAAAAACAAGUAUGAAGAAAGAAUGAAAGAAAAUGUAUAAAUAUCUCUUGCCAUGCCUCCAUGGUUUGAUUUCAAAGUUUGCGGGAUUCAAGCUGGUCCCAAAUACACAAAAACAGGCACCAAUAGCUAAGAAAAGUUGGUUUUACAUUUUAGGUCCCCUUUAAGACAAUAAGGAUUUUUAUGGUGUGUGAUGAGGUGGCAACUUGUCCAGGGUGUACACCGCCUUCCGCCUGAAUGCAGCUGAUAUAGGCACCAUCACACCCAGCGACCCCCCAAAGGAAAAGCGGUACAAGAUGGAUGGAUUUACUCAUAGUGUUUUAUAUCGAUUUUUAAUAUAUAGGAAAUGUUACAUAUUUUAAUUUUGUUAUUGUACACAUUUCCAUAGAUGAACUCCUCUAUGCGAUUAACAAAUUUGUUUAACAUGCGUUCAUAUCUUUGCUUUUGAGUUCACCUAAAUCCCUCUUAGUUCAUGUGUGAAACAUCUUCUGGACCGCUUCUGGAAGCAUAUUUAUAUUUUUACUUCACACGUCAUUUGAGCAGUUGUUUUAUACACGAUCAUUAACCUCCGAGGACAAAGCUAGGCUUUUCUGCUCCGCCGCUCCCAGUCUGUGGAACGCUCUCCCUGACCACCUGAGGGCACCACAGACUGUGAAUGCUUUUAAAAAAGACUUAAAAACCCUUCUUUUUAAAAAAAAAAAAAAAAACACCUUUUUUUUUUUAGAUAUAUGCAUAUUAGUUCUAGCUAUUAGGCUGUUCUACAUUUUAUUUUUAUUUUAUUUUUAUUACCUUUUUAUUUAUUUUUUUAUUACAUUGAGCACUUUGGGGUUUUUUGCGUAAUGUAAAGUGCUUUUUACAAAUAAAAUCUAUUAUUAUUA